ACAUAGCAAAGAAGCGGUGUCGCACACACACAAGAUCGCGGUCAUGCUCGCCCUCGACUUCAAGGACCUCCCAAAGCACCGACCAUGCCAGUACGAGAAGCUCAAGAAGACGCCGAGCACAUGGAAGAGCCGCGUCGCAGCCCUCGAGCGCGCGAAGCGCCGGGAGCCGCCGGCGAGCGGCAAGCUCCGAGUGCCCCGCCCUCCGAGCUUGACCCCGGACGGCAAGAAGCGCCAUGGCGCGAGAGGGAUGACGUUCACCGAGGCCGAUCGGGCGCACGUAGCCAUUGACGCGUCGCUUGAUGAGCUGCUUCAGCCGCUCGAUGACGACGGAUUGAAGAAGAUCCCGAUGCACCUCCUGCCCGACAUGCACACGCUUCUCGCACAGCGGCAGCGCCGGCGAAACCCGCUCGACUACAUCAAGCACGACCACGUAGAAGUCAUGUGGCUGCAUCAAAUGGGCGGGUCGCACGAAGGGCUCGACGAGUACCGGGCAUGGCGCGUCGCCCACGGCCACACCAUCCUCCGGCGUUGA